UUAUGGCCGGCUAGGUUGGGCCAUCUUGGCCCACUAGUUUUUGAAAUCUUGUUUUUUCUCCCUUACUGUGAAAACGUCAUUGGCUUUGCAAAUUGACGAUCCACUCAGCAACGCCUAAGUUUUUACUAUUUUUACCCUCACUGCAGCCAGACAGGGAAAGCCCCCCCGCCUUCCCCACUCUCACAAACCCACAGUCGGUACAUAUAUAUGAACGAAACGGACGCUCUUCUUCUUCUUCUUCUUCUUCCCCUUUUCGAUUCUCUCAACUCCGGGGGAUUCCCAUGAGACCCGAAAUUUUCCCUUACUCUCCCGAUAAUCACCCCCAAUCCUCUCCCCCGCCGCGGCAUUUUUCCAUCUUUUCUUGAUGCUUGCAAACCCCUGGAGUUAGGGUUUGUCGAAUAGCCUAUUAUCCAUUUUUUUUGAUAUUUAUAUAGGUUAGCUUAGGGUUUAGAAGGGGGAAUCGUCCAAGAUGGGCAGUGUGGAUCGGGGUGAUGAUAUGACAUUUAAAUUUAAUUUUAGCGGAGAUGGAGCAUCCAAGUUGAGAGAUAGAGUCAAGGAUAAACUCAAGGAGUUUAUGGGUGACUACACUGAUGAUACUCUUGUGGAAUAUGUGAUUGUCCUAUUGAGAAAUGGCAGACGUAAAGAUGAAGCAAGGAAUGAGUUGAACGUUUUUCUUGGGGAUGACAGCGAUUCUUUUGUCUCCUGGUUGUGGGAUCAUCUGGCCUCAAAUUUGGAUCUAUAUGUUCCUUCUCAGGAACCUUAUGUGGAAAAAGCAGCCAAAACAAGUAUAUCGGGGAACCAGCAGUCUGGUACUGAUUCUCACCAGUUGGAUUCUGAUUCUGAAAGAGGAAAGUCUACUAAGUUUGCUAGGAACAGGCACAAUAGGGAGUGGAAAGGACUAGCUUGGGAUGCUGCCGAACCACCUUCUCUUUGGAGCUCCGAGGUUGAGAAUAUUUGUUUUGGGGAAAAAGCCCAUCAAAAAGUAAGCCGUGAAAGAUCUCCCUCUCCUCAUCCUAGUCAGAAGAAAAGGAGCAGACUUGUUGAGCGACAACCUAUUAAGAGGGAGGCAGUUUCCCAGAUGACCAUUGAUGCCCCAAGGCGGCUGCUUCAGUUUGCUGUGCGAGAUGCAGUUGGAACUUCAAGGCCAUCUACUUCAUCAAAAGAGCCCUCAUUCAAGCGCCUGCGAUCUGUGGUGUCAACAUCUUUUGGAGAUGCAUCAUUGCCAGAUCGUCCUAGGAGAAUUCGAUCUAUUGCAAGUGUGCCAAAUCCAAUGGCAUCUGUGAUCAAAGCUGUGGCAGAAGCUGCUGAAGAUGUUAAAAAGGUCAAAACUGCUGGAAGUGUGUUUGACAGGCUUGGCCCUGGAAUGGAUGUUUUGGAGACCCAUGUCCGAUGUGCUGAAUUCAGAGAAUCUGUUGCUGAGGAUGAAGAAUAUGGAGAUCUUAACCAAACUUUGGAGGAAAUCCAAUCAGCAUAUCAUCAAAGAGAUGAUUAUGCUGGAAAACAUGUCGGGAACGUAACAGCAUUAGAAAGUGAGACUGGGUUGGCUUCAGAUUUUCUGUCUGACAAUGAAGUGUAUGAUGAUGUUAAUGCUGUUGGCCAUGGAGUUAUGGAUGUGUCUCAUACUGGUACAUCUCCUGGAAACAAGGGUGAUAACUCUCUUAUGGUGAAAUACAGUGUAGCUAAGGAUGAUGAAAUCAUGCAAAUGACAAGGAACAAUCAAUCUACUGGUGCAGCAAAUACUUCUCGUAAGAUUGUCAAUAUUUCUGUUAAUGUAAGUACCUGGAAACCACCUCAUUAUCAAGAGCCGAGGGAUGUUUCAGAAUUGGACGGUCGAAAAUCUCUUCAGGAGAGCGAAGCAGUUGCUGGCAAAUCUAACAUUAGAUUGAUAAAGGAGAAUGACAACCCUGUUACUGUUGGUAAUGGAAAUGCAAAAGGUGCUGCUGGUAUUCAAGAAAUGUCUCAGAAGACUGUGCAGUCUUCUUCUGUUUCAUAUGGUGGUGCUCUUCCUUUAGAGGAUGCUGAUUGUCGAACCAUCUUUGUAAGCAAUGUUCAUUUUGCUGCAACAAAGGACAGUCUUUCGCGGCAUUUUAAUAAGUUUGGAGAAGUGCUAAAAGUUGUUAUAGUUACAGAUGCAGCAACGGGGCAACCAAAAGGGUCAGCUUAUGUGGAGUUCAUGCGUAAGGAAGCAGCAGACAAUGCUUUAUCUUUGGAUGGUACCUCAUUCAUGUCACGGAUUCUUAAGGUUGUGAAGAGAAGCUCUACUCAUCAAGAAGCUGCUUCUCUCAUGACAUGGCCCCGCAUUGCCAGGGGCUCUCCAUUAGCUGCUGCAAGGUUUGCUAGAGCUCCUUUUGCCAGAGUUAUAGCAGGUGCAUUUAGGCCUCGCCUUCCUAUCAAACCUGGUGCCAGAAGUUUGCAAUGGAAGCGUGAUGCUCAGGCCACUCCAGCCGAUGCUGGUGCUUCGGUCACUGGGAAAAAAUUUUCUUCUCCCACCGCCCGCAGUCUCACCUAUGUCCGAACAGAGCCUAAGUCAGAGGGGAAUGCCACUAGCUCCUAGUUGAGUAUGUCAUUUCUCAAAUUCCUUCUCUGGGGUUGCACCGAAUUUUGUUGAAAUGUUUGAAUAUGACAGACUGCACCAAGUAUCUUAUGGAUCUAAGAAUGGAGAUAUGUCCAACCAUUCUUUUGUUUCGUAGAAAUGUGAUGAUUCUUCAACACCUGGAGACGUUUCUAGCAUAUAGAUGUAUGUAGAAGUGGCAAACCGGUCUUCUGUAAGCAAUUUUGCUAUUACAGGCUUUUUUUUUUUCUCUCUUUGAGAAGGGGGGGAGGGGGUGGAUUGACUUGGGCAGGGGGUGGAAGCAAGAGACAGCGGAAAUAAUGUUCUUGGCCCCUGAGUUACAUAUUCAUUAGAUUGAAAUGUGUGAAUAGAUGGGUAGUUGUCUUUUGUUUGAGGGGUUAUGGUUAAUUUUUAUUUAGCUUUUCGUUUUAUAUAUAUAUAUUUAAAAAAGGAGAAAAUAGAACAAAAUGGAGAAAAAAAAAGGAAAGUUAAGGGAAAAAAUGAGUUUGCAUUUUAUGUGCAUAACGUAAAGUCGUUGCAUUUAGAAGUUCAAGUUUUGACAUCUGCAUAUUUGGUUUAACAUGGAAACAGAUUUUUGUUUGGUGUUUCUUCUGCAUGAAAUGUUUCUCUACUGUACUUGGAUUAUUUGGUGUUUUUCUCUUGAUGUUUGUUUUUGUUUGUGUUGGGGGGCUCUCUGAUACGUCUAAAACUGAGGAUUUGUGUAUUCAUAUUGUGUACAAUAUUAAAAUUAUUGUAUUUAUGUCAUAUUUUACACGAAAAUUACGUAUUAUAAUUCGUGUCAACAUGAAAAUAUGAAAUAUAUAUUUUUUAUUUUGUUAAAUCUAUAUUUGGUUAUUAUUAAAAUUUUAAGCUAUAUUAUCUUUGAGUCUUAUAUUCAUAACGUGUUCGUAAUAUAUUACCGUAUUGUAUUAUAGAUUCUCAGGUCUAGAUACCUACAUCAUGAUAAAUGGCAGAUUAUUCAUACUUGAUCAUUGUGUGGUAAAAGAAGAUGAAAGAAAUUGGUGGCAUCUAAUAUCCGAUUCGAUUUCUCAUUCUUUACUUUGCAAUUGCCACUGUUUAUGACUAGGAUUGAUGUGUUCUAUUUAAUUGUUAUGUGAAUAGGUUCCCAUGUCAAUUUUUUUGUCAGUUGGAGUUGGACACAAGGACCAGGGUUCCUUGUGAAUGCAAGUCCUGUUUGAUUUGAUUUCUGAAUGUUGUAUGCAACUGGGUACCACUUAAGGAUUUACUUUCUCGUUCGGCAUGAUCUAAUGCUUUUUUAGUGUUGGAGGAAGUGGUGUGCUUUAUGCCAAUGGCCAAAACUCGUUACCCUCCCUGCACAUUUCGAAUCUAUGUAGCCCUUGGUAGUUAUUUAGGCUGAAAGUUAUUUGGUUAAAACCAAA